AAAUAACAAAGUGAACAAAGUUUACCCAAGCGACCGCGAAUUUCAGUUCAAUUUCGACAACGGGCGCGCACUGAAGCGGGGCGACAAAAGAAAUUCUUAUUCGAUGCGAAUAAAUCGCGCGCGAUUUAUUUCGAACGUUUUUUAAUGCGGCCGAUUGCGUGAAAAUAUAUAUUCUUUUGACUCUGAAAUCGUGUGACUGCUGUUGUGGUGCAGUUUUGUUUAAACAAAAGAAAGAAAAAUUUGUUUGCCGCUGUCAAAUUCUGAAAAGGAAUGAAUAUGGAAAGUGAAUGCAAAAAGUUCUGAAGGAAAACAACAAAUACAGUAUUAAAGGAAAAAUAUUUCCCAUAAAAGAAUGAAAUAGUUGUAGGAAGAUAUUUUUAAAAUAAAAGUAUAAUCCAAAAAAGUUAUUAAAGCAAAACUUAAAAUUACCCAAUAAACUUCAAACAAAAUACAUUUUGAAUAGUGAAACAUCUAAGCAACCCCUAGUAAGUCUGCUAAAAGGAGAAUCUUUAAAAGUUAAUAAGCACAAAUAGUUCAGAAAAAAAUAUAAAAUUUUUUUGAGGAAAAAACUGCACCAGCAAUUUGCAUUGAUAUCUGUCAAAGGUUUAAAUAUUUUGGCAGACAAAAGCGUAGAGAAGGCGCCACUGUUAAUGACUUCAAUGACUUCAUUCACACCAACAGGAGCCGCAGCAGUAGCACCCUCAACAUCCCAGAAAUUCUGAAACCCCAGAGAGGAGCAACAUGCGGCGGCAAAACUUCAGUUCAAUUAUGCGCACAAUCAAAGCAACUUAAUUAGCCGCCGGCUGUCACAAGAGUCCUCCAGCAAGCAGAGAGAAGGAUUGACUGACUGAGUGAAGUUGAAUGAGAAAUUGUAGAAGGAAACCACAAUUCCAGUGCAAACUAAUAGAAAGCGAGAAAGGGAUAUGCAAAUGAGCCAAAUCAAGGCGGCUCAUAGGCAACUCGGACUACAACAUGACACAGCGGACGAGCAGCAGAGUUGCAAAUCAUUUGAUUUGAUUGGAGUCCCCGCCACAGUUCUUCCCAUGAUAGGAGCAAACAAUAUCCCAAUGGGGAGGCUCCAGCUCAUCCUACUCCUGGGUCUGCUCUGCCUCUGCCUCAACCUGGAGAGUUGUCAGGCCGAGUGCCGGGUUGAGCCGGCCCGUGACUGUGAAUCCAUUUGCGAUGCUAGUGGGAAAAAUUGCACUAUUCGCGCUUUGGUCCUGCUGCCGGAUGACAACAUGUACCAGGCCUCAUUGCCGCGAGUGCUGCCCAUUUUAAAGGUGGCCGAGCAGCAGAUACGCUCCAAGGCCCUGAUUCCCCCACACAUUGACUUUGAGUGGCUGGCCCACGACACCAAGUGCGAUGCCUCGCUGGGCGUGAUCAAGGCCAUGGAUGGGAUCAUCAAACAGUGUGCGCAGGUGAUCUUUGGCCCCGUUUGUGACUACUCCUUGGCUGCUGUUAGCCGAAUUACAAAAUAUUUUAACAGCCAGGGAACACCUCUGAUCUCUGUGGGGGGAUCCACUUAUGACUUUGAGCAGAAGAAAACCGAUUGCAACGACGAGUUCUAUAUGCUACUGCGUACUGGAAUGGUCAGCUUUGAGACCAUCUCUGAGUUGACUAUAAAUGUAAUGAAGCGCCACAACUGGUCCCAUUCCAUCUUCUACUACGAACGCGAUGGCCAGCGGAGUGUGGCUGGGAUGCACACCUGUUUCCUCAUGAUGAAAUCCCUGGGCAAGCAGAUGCGCAACGAGAACAUGACAUUCGCACAGUUUCCACUUGAGCCCAAUUUGAAAAAUCGCACUGAGGAAAUGCGCCGGGAAAUUGGCAAUAAACAUUCAAGUGAGUAA